CAAAAAGAAAAGUACUUAAGGAACGAAAUAUGACGACGGGAAAUGGACAGAUUCAAGUGGAAAACGGCGUCGCCGAAGACGAGGAUGUCGUGACACCGUGGAUAGUUGCGAGUACAAAUGACUCUGGGAUCGACUACGACAAAUUGAUCAAAAGAUUCGGCAGCUCCAAGAUCGACGACGAAUUGUUGGCCAGAUUCGAGAAGGCAACCGGCAAAAAGCCGCACCACUUUCUAAGAAGGGGCAUAUUUUUUUCUCACAGAGAUAUGCACACGAUCCUGAAUCUCUACGAGCAAGGGAAGCCGUUUUACCUGUACACAGGUAGAGGACCCAGUUCCGACGCGAUGCAUCUAGGCCAUCUCAUACCGUUCAUGUUCUGCAAAUGGUUGCAGGAUGUGUUCGACGUGCCUCUGGUAAUACAGUUGACGGACGAUGAGAAAGCUAUAUGGAAGAACAUCAAGAUAGAGGAUGCCAUUAAGCUGGCCUAUAGCAACGCGAGAGACAUUAUCGCAUGUGGCUUCAAUCCCGACAAGACCUUCAUCUUCUCCAAUUUGGAGCACAUAGGCAACAAUUCGGCCUUCUACCAGAAUAUGAUUCGCAUACAGAGAUGCAUAACGUUCAACCAGGUGAAGGGCAUCUUCGGCUUCGGCGACAGCGACCCGAUCGGCAAGAUCGCUUUCCCACCGACGCAGGCGGCGCCGGCGGUCGCCAGCUCGUUCCCCUUCAUCUUCAAAGACGCUAAGGUGCACUGCCUGAUACCGUGCGCGAUCGAUCAGGAUCCGUACUUUCGCAUGACCCGCGACGUGACGCCCAAGCUCGGCUUCCCCAAGCCGGCUCUGCUGCACUCCAGCUUCUUCCCGGCGCUGCAAGGCUCCAAGACGAAGAUGUCGGCGAGCGACAGCAACACCGCGAUAUUUCUCACGGAUACCGCCAAGCAGAUCAAGAACAAGAUCAACAAGCACGCUUUCUCCGGUGGCCAGGCCACCGUGGAGGAGCACCGGCAGCUAGGUGGAAACUGCGAGGUCGACAUCUCCUACCAGUGGCUGCGAUUCUUCCUGGAGGACGAUGUGCGACUGGAGGAGAUCCGAAAGGGCUACACUAGUGGGGAGAUUUUAACGGGCGAACUUAAGAAGGAAUUGAUCGAGAUAUUGCAACGACUCGUGGCCGCGCAUCAAGAAGCAAAGAGCAAGAUAACGGAAGAUGCUAUCAAGCAGUUCAUGAUUCCUAGAGAUCUCGGCUUUGUAUCGAAAAUGAAAUAACUGUUUAGCUAAAUGUUUUUCAACUCUGCGAAGCACCAUCUCCUUCGUUAAUCUAAGCUUCAUACACUAGGGAACUAUUUAAAUUAAUUUAUUGCAGAGAACAGUGCACAGGGUGUACAUUCAACUUUUUGUCGGUCUCUUUCGUUGGAAAUACAUUUUCUAUGAACUUGUAAAAAAAAAUAUCCUUGUACAAAGUGUCAAUAAUAGUCUUAUGUAUUUGUAGUUUGUAGUAUUUAAAAUUUUGAGUGCGCGUAGCGGCACAAAACUGGCUUUCUUUUGCAGACAACUUCGCCAAACCCUUUUCGAUCGCAAGAUGAUACAACGAUGUAAGAAUAAAAGCAUGUUCAAACGGC